AUGUCAUCCUACGAGACAGUCACGACAGGUCGGUCGAAGCGAAGCACUGCGGGAAACCGUAUGCGAGAGCUUCUCGAAAAGGCUCAUCAGGAAGACGAAGACGAGCUAUUCAAAGAAGUUGAGGAUGAUGAGGAAUUUGCUGCUCCUGUGGAGGUAAAGGAUGUAUACCUCGAAGAAUUCGCUGAUACGGAUGAAGAAGUUGAGGAGGACGAGGAUGCUGAAGAGAGAGCCAUACGGCGAGAAGAGAGGCAGAGGGCAAAAGGCAAAGGACGAGCGAUUUACGAUCCACUCUCAUCACUCAACAAAAAUCGACUGAAACCUUCCAAACCCGAUCCUACUGCCAAACUACUAUCAGAUCCUACGAUAUCCCUCCUUGAUCCAUCCCUCGACCCAUCUUCCAUGGCCCCUUCUACACUGGUUCUGGCAAUUCGAAAACAGCGUAGAGAAGCCAAGCGAGAACAGCGUUCGGAAGCUCGACGAAGUAAUCUCAGAGCGUCGACUCUAAAGACUGAAAAGGAGAUAUUGGAAAAGGAGAAUCAACAGAAGAUCAAUCGUGAUAAGUACCCUUCGAGGGGUAAGAGGAAAGCAGUGGAUGAUGGACCGAAAACUCAGGAUGAGCUCAUUGCAGCUGCUCUAGAAGAAGAGGAGAGAAAUAAAGAAGCGUUAAGGGAUUGGCUGAAAAAGGAAGAUGAGAAGAGAGAAUUGAGAAAGAUCGGUAGAAAGAGAGUGAAAGGACCGAGGUUGACUUGGGUCAGUAGGACUGUGGGUAAAUUGGUGGAGAUCAUUGGAGAGGAGAGUGUGGUGAAGGAGGUGGAUAGGGGGAAAAAGAAGGAUGAAGGGGGAGAGAAAGAGGUAUCAACAAAGGAAGUUAUAGUAGAUGGAUCUCCUGCUCAAACCCAGACGAUACCAUCAACGAGUGAACCUCCAGAGACUGCCAAAGAGGAUUUACCCGGAAUAUCUAUUUCGGAAGACGCAGAUGAACCACCUACCGAUCAGCCCGGAACGACUGAGAGUAUCCAACCACAGAAAGAGACUACCCUCGAUAUGCCUGCUCAGCAAGAUACGAUUGAGUCGACCAAGUCAUCGGAACAAAUAGAGAAGCCACCGAGUGAUUCCUUGCAGCAGACUGCUACAAGCAACGAUACCUCAAAACCGGCAACUCAUGAUCCCAAGAAAGCUAUCAUACCCAUCACUAGCGUCUCACAACCUACUAGUAAAGUACCAAUCCCUGAACCAGACGAAUCCAAAUACACUCGAAACUACCUGAUCCUCUCGCAGAUACCUGGCGGUCUAACCGAAGAGAUCAAGUUGAUCUUGGGUGAUCAUGUGGAGUGGGAUGAAGUGCUUUACAUACCAUCACGUAAUAGACCUAUCAAUCGUAAACCGCCUAUAUGCCCAUUUACCGGUCUGCCAGCGAGAUAUCGACAUCCGUCCACUUCAAUACCAUACGCUACAAAAGAGGGGUAUCAUCAGAUUGAAGCGCUCUUGGUUGAAAGGUACAAAUAUGAUGUGGGAGGCUGGUGGGUAGGAGGGGAGGAGGAUGUAUGUGCGGAUGGGAUGGAGGGGGUGGAAGGUUGGUGGGAAGCUGUCAAUGGGGGGUGGUUGGGAGGGAAGGGGAUCCCCGAGGAGGAGGUACAGGAUCAGCCAGAAGAGGUGGAUACACCGAUGGACAUUGACCUUGAAGAUGUCAAAGGGAAGCGGAAGAGGGGGAAGGAUAGUCAGUCAGCGACUCCCGUCCCUGCCACCAAGAGAGCUAAGGGGAAGGGUAGAGUGAGUGUGGUAGAAGAGACACCCAUGAUCUUGGUAGAUGAUAUGAAGAAGUCAAAUAGAAAAGGAAAGAAGAAGUGA